AUGACGACCAGACAGGACGUAGAUAAAAAACCUUCAACUUCAUAUAAUGUCUUCCUAGAUCAAGUAGAUGUUUAUGCACAAAAACUUCGUCGUGGCACGCCUAAUGCUUUAACAUUAGGAAACUUAACUUGUGGUCUAUUCUCAUUAAUUUUUGCCAUAAAUGGUCUUCACCGUUUUUCAGCAAUAUUUAUUUUUAUUGCUGCUGCAUUUGAUCUUUUUGAUGGACGUGUUGCACGAGCACUAGGCAUCACAUCAGAUAUAGGUGCACAAUUAGAUUCAUUAGCUGACGUAGUUUCAUUCGGUGUUGCACCAGCAAUUCUAGCACAUACAAUACAAAAUUGGUCAUUUUUAAUGGUCAUUGCUUUUGUAAGCUUUCCUCUGGCUGGUGCUUGGCGUUUAGCUAGAUUUAAUGUUCAUCCAACCCAAGGACAUUUUAUAGGUCUUCCAAUUCCAGCAGCUGGUUUAGCUGUUGCCUUUCUAGCAUUCUUUUCAUAUGUCUCACCACUGAUAAUGAUUGGUCUUGCAUUGUUCAUGAUAUCAAAAAUUGAAGUUCCAAAACUAUAA